UCCAUUUUGGUGAUGGUGAAUCAAUUGUUAAGAGACGCGUUAGUCAAGUCAAUUUAUCGAUAAAGUUAAUUUUACUCACCUCUGCAAGUUUUUAAACAUUUUAGUACGUUCAUUUGUUUCAUUAGGCCUAAAAUGGCGGACAGAAUCGACAUGGCUCUGGAUGAUAUAAUAAAAGCAAAUAAAAAAGGAAAAACUGGUGGUGGAGGAGCUGGAAGAAAAUUUGAUGUAAAAAGACCUACUCGUGGGGGCGGAGGUGGAUUUCGUAAUGCCCGUACGGGUGGUAUGUUACGAGGUCGAAAUCGUGGUGGAGUAUCCAAGCCAGCUAACUACACAAGGGACAACCUAUUUCAGGGUGAUGUUAACAGCACUUGGAAACAUGACAUGUUCAAUGACUUCAAUGAUAGGAAGAUACAAAGGAGUGCUCCAAUCACAAUGGGGCCCACUAAACUUUUAGUUUCAAAUUUGGAUUUUGGAGUUUCCGACUCUGACAUACAGGAACUUUUCUCCGAAUUUGGCAUUUUAAAAAGUGCUGCUGUUCACUACGAUAGAUCUGGUAGAUCAUUAGGUACUGCUGAUGUUGUAUUUGAAAGAAGAGCUGAUGCAUUAAAAGCUAUGAAACAGUAUAAUGGAGUGCCACUUGAUGGACGUGCUAUGAACAUUCAAUUGGCCACAUCUGAAAUUAACACAUUUAGAAAUGAAGAAAGAACUAGGCCAACCAUUGGUGGAGGACCCAUACGAAGAAAUUUAAAUAGAGGAGGUGGAAACAGGCCACAAAGUGGUAGUGCUGGUGGUCGUGGAGGGGGGCGACGUGGAGGUCGUGGUGGAGGAGCACCACGUGGAAGGCGACCAGUUCCAACAGCUGAACAAUUAGAUGCAGAACUAGAUGCAUAUGUAAAAGAAAUAAAGUGAUACAAGUUUUACUACACCUAAUUAUAGAUAAUUGACAUACCUAAUUGUAAGAUACUAAUAAGUUGGUAUUAUAAUUAAAAUGUACAUGUUUGGUUUUUAUAACCUAGACUAUUUCCAGUUUUGACUGUGUCAGUUAAGAUGCAACAUCUGAUUUGAUCAAAAACAUAUUUUUAUUAAAGUAAUAACCAAA